AGGAGGUGUAGGAAUUGACUGGGUUUUGGUGAGUCGUGCGAGGCCUUUGUGUGGUGGACCCACUGCUUAAGGGGGCAAUGAAGGAUGUUACUUGUCGUGAAAAACGGCGUCUUCUGGAUGCAAGGCGGGGAAAGUGUCGUGUGCGUCUUGGCAGUCACCUAGAGGAAUGGUGUCAACUUAAAGAACAUUUGGGCUUUUCCUUGCACUCUCAACUUGCGAAGUUCCUGCUUGAUAGCUAUAGAUCAGCAGCCAGCCCAGAUAGAUUGGCAUGCAACCUGGGUAGGGCAGUUCCUGCAGCAAUCUCUCUAAUCUCGGCCUCUCUUUCCUCUCUUCAAAAUCUUGUACUUUCAUGUCACCAACAUGGUAGAGACUGCCCUUGCCCUCCUUCCCUCCUUUCAUAUCCUCAUGUUAGGGGAGUACCGGAAGCACAUGUUAUUAGGUGGGGAUGCACAGCAAAACACCACAUUGAUUGGGAACCACAAGUAGAUAGUACAGGUGAAGAAAAUAAAAUCGAUAGACAGGACAAACUAUCUGACAGCAAUAAAGAUGAAGUAAUAAAACUCAAGGCUGUUUCUAGACAAGCAGUAAACCCUAAGAGUGAUUGCAUGCUACCAUCAUGUGCAGAGCUACGGUGUGAUAGACUGGACAUAUCAUUUGAGGGUACAAAAAUACAGCCUGAGAGUAUCAAUAGUCAAGAGAGAGAAAAGGUUAUUGUUAAUAGGCAAGGAAAACUACCUCUGAGCCCAGAUAAAAUGACUGACAUUGUUAAUGGAAAGGAAAAUAAAAGUCUUUCAGGAAGCCCAGUUGAUGAGAUGGACAAUACCUCUCUUACUGAGGAACAACUGAAGAGUGGUUUAUGUGAAGAAACUCUGCAGCACAGCCCAAUUGACAAGAGUUGGCAAGAAUUGAAUGAAAAUCUACUGUCCAGUGAAUCUGGAAACCAAGAUGUUUCAAAGGACAUUGGUUGCCCUGAUAACAAGUACGUGGAUGUUAUAGAAAGACCCUCAGAAAGUUCUACAAGUGUCAAAGAAGCACCAAAGAGGGUCCCCAUAAACUCAAUUAAAAGAACCCUUUGCAAUCUUAGAAAAGGUAAAAGUCAGAGACACAGGCAGUUACCAGAGUCCUCUGUACAGGUGCAGGCAGAACAUGAUGGCUUAGCCAUGGCUGUCAACUCUAGAUCCCCUUCUUCUGUAAAGAAGGGUGUGCCUGCCGAUGCAUUAGAGAAGAGCAAAGAAGACCAAACUGAUGAAUAUCUCCAGAAUGAAGAGAGUUAUGAAAAGUUAAUCAAUUCAGGUGCAGCACAAGAUUGUGACUGUAAUGCUACUCCUGAUGCACCUACCAAUACCCAGGCAUGCACAAAGACGGAAGAGAGAUCUCAAGAAAUACUUGAAAGUCAAGAAAGUUCAAAGGCAAAUUUCACUGUGGACUGGAAAAGCAGGAAAGAAGGGACAGGAUCAGAAGAUAAUCACCCCACAGCCAGUCAUAGAUCUCAUGUUGAUGAAGAAGAACACACCUGUAAGAAAAGGAUCAGGAAAUCUACUCCUCAAGAGCUUCUGUUAUGUGAGAUUGAUGAUUGCGGGAGAAUCUUCUCUAAACGACAAUAUCUGAAUUAUCACCAGAAAUACCAGCACAUGAACCAGCGCACAUUCUGUUGUUCUGCUCCAGGCUGUGGAAGGUCAUUUAAUUUCAAAAAGCACCUCAAGGAACACGAAAAAAGACACAGUGGCCGUCGGGAUUUCAUAUGUGAAUUCUGCGCCCACGCUUUCAUUAGCAACAGUAAUCUCAUUGUCCAUCGACGUAUUCAUACCGGGGAGAAACCCCUUCAAUGUGAGUUUUGUGGCUUCACCUGUAGACAGAAAGCCUCCUUGAAUUGGCACAUGAAGAAACACGACGCAGAUGCUUUUUACCAGUUCCCAUGUGAUAUUUGUGGCCAGCGAUUUGAAAAGCGAGAUAACCUUGCAGCUCACAGGAGUCGUAAGCAUCCAGUUCUACAAGAAACAUCUCCCAUUGAGUCUGUCCAGAGUGAAUCUACCGGAGAAAUUCCUCAAGAGCCUGCACCCUGUUGUAAAGAUUCCCAAACACACCCAGCAUCAAGAGAAAUAGAAAUGACUACUGCAGACACGAGUCAGGAAAUUGUAAAGGUCGCUAUUUUCCCAGAGUGUCCUAAACCAGUAGAAAAUAUACAAGAAAAUACAUUGAAGGUGUCAGAAGUCAACAAAGAUGAGAUAUCACUUGUAAUUGUUUUAUAAAGUGACUGCUGUCAUUCAUACUUUAUUAUGCACUUACUUUUAAUAUAUUAUUGAUGAAUGUUUGU